AUGGAACCUCUAAUUGAGUGCAUAUCUAAAUGUCAAGAAUAUAAAGACUAGUUUCUAGAUAAUUCCAUCUAUUAUUUGAUAUCAAUAAAAUGGUUAAACAAAUCCAAAAUAAUUGCUCAAACAUAAGACAUUAAUAAACUCAAUACAAUUUCUAUUUUAAAUUUAGAUUUAGUGGACGAUUACUACUCAAAUAUUUUAUCAUAUGAUGAUCCAUUAUACAAUUAUUUUUUAAAUGAAAAGUCAAAAUUAAACAUAGAUUACUUAUGCAUACCCCAAGAUUUAUGGGAAUCACUAGUGACUACUCUUCAAAAUCUAAAUAAAAUUCCCUUAGAAUACUAUACAUUUAAGACUUUAUUUAAAGAUGGAACUUUUAUAAAUAAAAAUCUUAAAAUUCAAUUAAUUCCUCUAUAUGAAGGAGUAACUAAUAUAAUCGAAGGAGUCUAAUGUUUCUCCAGAGAUUGGACGAUAUAAGAUAUAAAUUAAAAUUUUGAAAAGCUUUUAAACUAACAAUUAACUAUUUAAGUACCUCCCAAAAAUUUUAUUAAAUUUUACGCUUUGAAGAACGUACCAUAAGAUUUUAAAUAAUUAGUUAAAUGGUUUCAUGAAAAUCAGUUGGUUGUUGAAGAAUUUAAAUUUGACACUCAUUAAUUAAAUAAUGGAUAAUUUUUAAUCUUAGACAUUCAAGUAUUAAAUAGGAAUUUUUAUUUUAAAUAAGACAAUAAUCACUUGGAUUAGAGAAUUCAUAUUAGUCUUGAGGAGACUGAAAUUUCGAACAAAGGAUUUUCAGUUUAUGAGUCGUAAUAAUCUUUACUUAGUUGCUUAUUUAAAAACUAUGAGUCUAGUAAUAAGAUAAGAAACUUUAUUAAGAAUAAUUUUAAGGAUUAUUUUAACUUAAAUGAAAUAAUUGAGGAAUCAUAUUAUGGAAGUUAGGCUGUUUUAUGUUAUGAAUCAAAAGACAUUGAAUUACUAAAGGAGCACUCUGUUACAAUCACUGAAAGUAGACAUGACACUGUUUAUGUGAAUGGAUAACCAUAAAAAGUCUUUUUCGAUCAUAAAAUGACAGUCAAGCAAUUAGCUGAGAAAUUUUUACCAGAAAGUGAUUUUUUAUUUGAAUGUAGUAAUAAUAAUUACACAGAAACAAUAAAUCCUGAUACGCCCUUGUGUCAACUUCCUAAAGAUUACAUAUAUAAUUUAAAUAAACGUCAAUAAAGUGAAGAAGAAUUAGAAAUAACAAUUAACAGAUGUUUUGUUGAAAAAGUUGGAAUACUAAAGUCAUAUAGAAAUUUUGAUGCUAUUAGAAAAAUAUACAUAAAUAAACAAUCUAAAUUUUUUGAUUUGCAUGUAGAAAUUGCAAAUAUUUUUGAGGAGACAAAUUUAACUGAUUAUAAAGAGAAGAUUUUUAAUAAAAAGUAUGAAUUGAUCUUUUAAACUAAUCAAUAAGGAAAUGAGAGAUGUUCAUUUUGUGACCAAAAAUUAUGUAAUAACUGUAUUGUUAAGUUUAUUGAUCAAAAAUUGAUUCUAAAAAUGAAUAAGGUUGUAGUCUAUGCAAUAUACAAUGAACCAAUAUAAAAUGAGAGGGAAAAACCAGAGAUUAUUAAGAAUUACAAUUUAGAAGAUUACUUUGAUUUCUAAAAAACAGAAGAAGAAUUUCUAAUUUUAGAUAUCAAUCAAGAUCAGAUUCAUACCCAUUAGAUGUCUUAUCCAUUAUCAAUUCAUAAAUAUUAAUUAUGUGGUUUGAUAGAGAAUAUUGAUCGUUCAAAUUAUCAAUGUUAUUGUAAGAUUUAGGAGAAAUGGACUCUUUUUAAUAAUGAAGGGUUUAAAUAGGCAGAUGAAAUCGUUUAGAACUUAAAGGUGGUAAAAUUAUUCUAUGAGAAAAUAAAUUGA